GCGGCGGUGUGACUGGAUGCUCGGGGUGUACGGUGCAGUCUGCUCCGGAACAUCUUCCACCCCCUAUGCCGCCAUCAGGCGCGGCGGGCGCGGCCUAUUAGAAGGCCUCACCUGCCGAGCCGCACCGUAAACACGGAUCCAUGUCGCCGCCCGGCUAGCCGGCGUCCCGGGCCUGCCAUGAGGAUCUCAUUUCUGGCUUUAUUCCUGAGGCCUGCCGCGGGGCCGCGCACCGCUUAGCCGGGGCUGUAUUGUCGGCAUUGGCUUAACAAUGGCGUUUAAGUAGCCGCCUGUUUCUGCGCGGAAUAAGGCGGACGCCUGUAUGUUUCUUCGUACCCACCGGCUCACCUCGGUUACAGUUCGGAGAUUAACUGUCUGAUUAUCAGCCGGAAUUAUUACUACGCAGCAGCGCCGACAGGCGCGCCGCCCGGAGGGGUUAGCAUGCUAGCGCGUUAGCCGUUAGCGCGCUAGCCCGUUAGCAGGCGCAGCUUAACGGCCGGCAGACCGGAGGAUGGCGGCUCACCGGACCUGGGAAGGCGGCUGGGAGCAAGGGAGCAAGGGAUACGGAUAACUGGAAACGAGCUGCUGAUGGAUGCGCUCUCUGGCCGGGGGCUCGGUAACGGACGGCGGGAUGUGCCGUCCGGAUGCUGCCUCAGCCGCCUUCCAUUCAUUUAUUUAAAACGCAGAGCGCACUGCCGGCCGGCUCCCCGAUCUCCCACGUUUAACGUUUUAAUCCGCCUCCUCUUUGUGGUUCUGUGCCCCUUCAUCCGAACUGCACGUCGCAGAUUCACACCAGGCGGCUUUCGGCUUCCUUAUCUGUGGCAUUUCCAUCAUUUUCGUCGGUCCAUUCCCUUUGUUUUCACCGUAAAAACGAUGGACGCAGGCAAUGAGAUAUAAUCUAUUAGAAUAUAAUUAUUAUUAACAAUUCUAUGAGAUGCCCAGCGUUUGUCUGUGCUGCACUUUCCUCCACAUGAGUUUUGAUAAUCCUGCCCAGUUAUUCCGUUAUAUUUACUGUUUAUGGCUCCAAAAACUGAUGAAAUUUGCUGUAGUAUUUUUCCUCCUUGAUCAGUACUUGUCUGUCUGUUAGUCUUAUACAGAAACCACUUCAUAUAGAAGAUGGUUUUGUCAUAGUUUAUCCGAUUUAACCGUUUUUUGAGUGUUGUAAAGUUUUAAGUGAGAAUUGUGCAAUGAAUUAAUCUGCAUUGUGUGAUUUUUAUUUUUUUUUUCUAUAACGGAGGACCGGAUUUCAGCACUAUAUGAACAACGAUGCGGAGACACAGGAACGAGGUGACAGUGGAGCUGCGGAAGAACAAAAGAGAUGAGCACUUGCUGAAGAAACGCAACGUCCCACAGGAAGAAAGCCUCGAAGACUCUGACAUAGAUGCAGAUUUCAAAGGACAAAAUGUAACACUAGAUGCGAUCCUACAGAACGCCACUAGUGACAACCCCGUCGUGCAGCUCAGCGCGGUGCAGGCAGCCAGAAAACUGCUCUCGAGCGACAGAAACCCCCCCAUCGACGACUUGAUAAAGUCGGGAAUUCUCCCCAUCCUGGUCAAAUGCCUGGAAAGGGAUGACAACCCAUCCUUGCAGUUCGAGGCAGCCUGGGCUCUAACAAACAUUGCAUCCGGCACCUCCGCUCAGACUCAGGCUGUGGUCAAAUCCAAUGCAGUCCCGCUCUUCCUGCGGCUGUUGCUCUCCCCCCACCAGAACGUGUGCGAGCAGGCUGUCUGGGCACUGGGCAACAUCAUCGGCGACGGGCCACAGUGCCGAGAUUACGUCAUCUCGCUGGGUGUGGUCAAACCACUGCUGUCCUUCAUCAACCCCUCCAUCCCCAUUACCUUCCUGCGGAACGUCACCUGGGUCAUCGUGAACUUGUGUAGGAACAAGGACCCUCCUCCUCCAAUAGAGACAGUGCAGGAGAUCCUGCCCGCCCUAUGCGUUCUGAUCUAUCACACCGAUAUUAAUAUUCUGGUCGACACGGUGUGGGCUUUGUCCUACCUGACUGAUGGAGGAAACGAACAGAUCCAAAUGGUCAUCGACUCGGGCGUGGUCCCCUUCCUGGUGCCUCUGCUAAGUCACCAAGAGGUCAAAGUUCAGACUGCAGCCUUGAGGGCUGUGGGCAACAUAGUGACGGGGACGGAUGAGCAGACGCAGGUUGUGCUGAACUGCGACGUUCUGUCCCACUUCCCCAACCUGCUCACGCACCACAAAGAGAAGAUCAACAAGGAGGCAGUGUGGUUCUUGUCUAACAUUACAGCUGGGAACCAGCAGCAAGUCCAGGCUGUUAUCGACGCUGGUCUCAUUCCCAUGAUCAUCCAGCAGCUGGCCAAGGGUGACUUUGGCACGCAGAAGGAGGCUGCCUGGGCAAUAAGCAACUUGACGAUAAGUGGAAGGAAAGAUCAGGUGGAGUUCCUAGUCCAGCAGAACGUCGUCCCGCCCUUCUGCAGCCUGCUGUCUGUGAAGGACUCUCAGGUGGUUCAGGUUGUCCUGGAUGGGCUCAAGAACAUUCUGAUCAUGGCAGGCGAGGAGGCCAGCACUAUCGCGGAGAUCAUUGAAGAAUGCGGCGGUUUGGAGAAAAUUGAGAAUCUGCAACAGCACGAGAAUGAGGAGAUCUACAAGCUGGCGUUUGAAAUCAUCGACCAGUAUUUUUCAGGAGAUGAUAUCGAUGAAGACCCAAGUCUGAUCCCUGAAGCCACUCAAGGCGGGACGUUCAACUUUGACCCAGCCUCCAACCUGCAGACCAAGGAGUUCAAAUUUUAAAGCGAAGUCCUGCCUCGUAUCCAUCCUCAGCACCCCGUCACCUUCAAGAGACCUGAGUAGAUCUACUAACCAGAAGCUCGCACCGCGACCACGCACUGAAGGAUCGGAGACGAUUCGAGACGAUCCUCUCCAAUGCCCCCCGCCCCACCCCCGCCACCCCUGAAGACUCUUGGUUACAGAGGCAUUGUGACAGAAAAGGCCUCCUCUCUGUCACUCUGCAGUUGCCAAACGUCCCUCUUGCUGAAACACACGCGGACAGGAGCUGCUUGUGCAUGAUCCUAAAAACGUAUCGUAUGGACAAGAAAGAAGGAGAAAUCCCAACAUCAGUAUGAUAGGAUUUUUCUUUCUUGCCAUCCUCCCCGCCUCCGCCACCCUGUCGUUCUUUUUUUUUUUUCUUUUUUUUUACUUCCCUGGAAUCAUCCCAGGCUCAGUAAGCGAUUGCAGAGCCCACCAGCUUCUGGACUGAGGCUCCGCAUCUGGGCCGGGCAGGACAGACCGAGGCUAUUUGGUGCCAGCCUGGCUUCUGAGGAGGAGGGCAGAGGCCGGGGAGCAGCGAUGGACUGAGCAAACCCUUGUUUAUCUUUAUUUGUUUCGGGAGUUAUCAUUGGAAUGUUUUUAUGUGUUAAAAUGGCACCAUUUACAAAAAUGACUGUGAACGCAACUGAAGGCGCAACACAUGGUGAGAUGGGGGGGGGGGGGGGGGGAGGAAUUAUUUUUACUACGAUUCUGAGAAGAAUGAGAGGUUUAAAAAAUAUUUUGCAGCACUGAUCUCUAAGUGUGGAACCCGGAAAAUGAGAAGAAAAAAGUGAACAUGGAGAUUUAAGCUCUGCUUGAGCUCAGACCGAAGGAUUUGCAAUCUCUCCCGCAAGAUUGAACUCCGCAGCUGUGACAUCGUUGCCUGAAUCCCUUCUGACUGACCAGGCUGUAGGCGCUACGUGAUGCGGGGAUUCCCAAUCUUCCAUCAGUUUGAGCUGGUGUGGUUGGAACCUCCUCACCCCCUCAAUCUUAAUCCUAAUUUCUCCCUUCCUCCUACCACGUGACAAAUAGACACAAACGCACUGCAAACACUGGUUUUUGCUUUGGGCUUUUUUUUUCUAAACUUUUUGUCUAAUUUACAUUUUUUUUAGUUUGAAGGACAAGUAGUAGACUUGUUUAAACUGUGGAGCUUCCGUGUGUUUGGUUUCUCAGUCUUAUACUUACUUUCCGAGUAGUGACCCGCGCUUACUGUUUGUGGAAAGUGCCAGUUGUUCGAACACGUGACGAUGGGAUUGUUCUCACUGCGUCUCUGCAAUACUUUUUGUUCCGGUAUAUAUACACAAGUUUUUUUUUUUUUUUUUUAUUAGAUUUACUGCAUCAGACCCUAAUUGUACAAACGAGAACAUCUCUUUGGAAAUGUUUCCCGCUUGAGGGUCGUGUAGAGCUGCUCCGGAUUCCCGCGUCAUAUUAAUGGUCUGAUUUUGGUCUCCAACCUCCGUGACACGCUGACGGAAGGUACUGCUUUCAGAAAUGGGUUUUCUCGCUGUCGUGACUGGACGUUUAACCAUCUUUUUUUAAUUAUUUUUUUAAAAUAAAUUUCCUUGUGCGUUUUACCUGUAAAGGGAUGGAAAGCAGAACCAUUUUUUUUUGCUUUUGGACUAAUGUAGUUAUGUUUUUGGCUGCUAACUACUGAAGAAACCUGUGUUCAGGAAGAGCAGUCGGAGCCAUGAAAAAAUUUGAACAAAACUAGCAGGUGUACAGACAUGCACUAUUUACACGCCUCGAAAGAGCCACUUUAAAGAUUAGAGUUUUUGCCUUGUAUCUCCGACAGAUACAAGCUCGUUUGUUGCAAGAUUUUUACUUGCUGAGGAAAAAAAAACUUGUAUUAAAUAAUAGAAACGACAGAUAGCAUUUUGGCCUCUGAUUGUUUAUAUCUUUUUAUAAAUUUUAGAUUGAAUUUCUCUUUAAGGUGGCUCGUUGUUUCAACUCUUGUGCAUAUUAAAGGUGAGUUGAAAAUCA